AUGGAUUCUGGUGGUUUUCUUACUGCACGUGACAGACAUGUGAAUAAUCGUUCCAAGAGGCAAAUAUCCAAUCAAGGCGAAGAUAUGAUAAGCAAGCUACCUGACGAUAUCAUUGUUCAUAUUCUUUCUUUUCUUCCGAUGAGAGAUGCAAUUCGUACGAGUAUUUUAUCACAGAGGUGGAUAUACAUGUGGACAUUUCUCGCAAACCUAUGUUUUGGAGAUCAGAAACAUGGUAUUUAUUCUCAAGAAAAGAUAAACAAAACUACUUUUAUCAACUUUGUAUGCAGGAUGAUGCUUCAUCUCAAUACUUCAAACAUCAAUAUAUUUGAUCUUUCUCUUUCAGAGAAAUAUGACCCCUUCAUUUUCAGUGAAUUGAUAUCUCGUGUUUCAAAUAAAAAUGUUAGAGAGAUUUCUGUCUCUUCCCGUAAACAGUGCAACAUUUCAUGCUAUCCCAUUUUGAAAUGCCAGUCCUUGGAGAAGUUGAGGCUGAGUAUGGAUUCUAUCAUCCAAUUUCCGUCUUUUGUUUGUCUUUCAUCCCUCACUGUCCUGAAUUUGAUUGCAAUGGAAUAUACAAUGAAUAUUACUUGUUACUCCUCCAAUCAGUCCAAAGAGUUAACACUUAAUUUCCCAGUUCUUAGAGAAUAUAAGUCAUAUGAUUGCAUUUGGUUAGAUGUAAAACGUGUUACUAUAGAAGCGCCACUUCUUGAAAAGGUUGAAAUAAGUCGUCAAUGGCUUAGGUCGUAUGAUGUAUCUCAUGCUGAAAUUGUGAUUCGCGCUUCCUAUGUUACAAAAUAUCGUUAUGAGGGUUAUAUAUCACUCGAGACCAUUUUGCUAGAUGCUCAUGUUGCUAAAGCCUCCAUUUUUCUAACGAAAUCAAACGUCAAGAGUGGGCAACAAAUGAAGAAUUUUUUUUGCAAACUUUUCAAUAUUAAUAAUUUGAAACGUUUAAAGCUAAUUCAGGAUCUUGCACCAAUGAAACCUUAUUUGGUUGAUAUUCCUGCAUUUCAAAUGUUGGGCUACCUGCAUCUAUACUACUCUCUUACCUUUGAGCUUUUGUUAGCCUUACUUCUAAAGUCACCAUGUCUAGAGACUCUAGUUUUACAGGCAAUUGAUUCUUACACAGAACCGCCUGAUUUCGCAAUCGUACCCGAAUGUUUUCUGUCUACUCUUAAAGUGGUAAGAUUUGAAAAUUUUGAUGGUGGUGAGCUGGAGUUAAGUUUUGCUAAAUUUGUUAUGGAGAAUAGCCAGUUUUUGGAGAGUAUUAGUUUCUCAUGUUAUAGGCUGGGCAGGGAAAAAAUUGAAAAGAUUAAGGAGAAAAUGUUCUUAGUUAAUAGAAGUUUUAACAUAGAAUAUUCAGCUCAUUCCGUCACAUUUAAAGUGUGA